UUGGUAGAGGAGGGACGGAGCCGAGCACACGAAUGGAAACGGAUACUGCCGGCCGACGCAUGCGCAGUCGGCUGCGAUUUGGCAGCGCCUGCGGUCUUCCUUUGCUCCUGGCUGGUGUUGGGGGGGGCGGGGCUGCUGUCUCCGGGCGGAAGUUUACAGGUGAGUGGGUGAGUGAUCGAUCGAUCGUGUGGUGUGUCAGUUCCCGGACCGGAAUGCGGGAGCGAAGGGCUUGAAGCGACGACGACAACGCUAGAUCGGUUUCUGCUUCUGCUGUAGCUUCAUGUCGGUAUAUCUAUAUGGUUUAUCCAAUGGAAAUGAUUCUAUGAGCUCCCUUCACAUAUCCAUUGGUGGUCUUCCAGUUAUAGCGUCCAUGACCAAAACAAGAGAUUCACGUUUUCACCUGAAAUGGAAGACUAUACUAGCAGCAAUCAUAGUUCUUUUCGUAUUAUACAUGCUGUAUUUUCACAAAAGUUCCCCAAAUAGCCCUUAUCCACGAAAUAUCCACAACUGGCCGAUUGAUAAUUUUCCAAAGGACAGAUACAAUGACACGUACCCACUUUCACCCCCGCAGAAGACCCUGGAAGGCAUCCGAUACCGUAUCGGGCUGAUUGCUGACCUGGACACUAACUCAAAGAACGAAUUGAACAGUGACACUUGGUUUAGUUACCUAAAGAAAGGCUACUUGAUAUUAUCAAACAGUGGUGACAAAGUAACUCUCGAAUGGGACAAAAAUGAGUCCAUUCUCAAAACUCAUUUGUCAGAAAAAGGACGUGGCAUGGAAUUGUCGGAACUCAUAGCAUUUAAUGGAAAGCUUUACACUGUGGAUGAUAGGACAGGUGUCGUGUAUGAUAUUGAUGGUGAUAAGGCAGUCCCUUGGGUAAUUCUAUCAGAUGGAGAUGGAACUGUUGAGAAAGGUUUCAAAGCUGAAUGGUUGGCAGUAAAAGACGAGCACCUUUAUGUGGGUGGACUCGGUAAGGAAUGGACUACCACCACAGGAGAGGUAGUCAAUGAAAAUCCAGAGUGGGUGAAAGUUAUUGGUUACAAAGGUGAUGUAAAUCAUGAAAAUUGGGUGUCUCACUACAAUGCACUCCGCACAGCUGCUGGAAUUAAAGCCCCAGGAUACCUCAUUCAUGAAUCUGCAGCCUGGAGUGAUCGACUGCAGCGCUGGUUUUUCCUGCCACGGCGAGCAAGCAGUGAGCGCUAUAAUGAAAAAGACGAUGAACACAAAGGAACAAAUCUUAUUAUUAAAUGUACUCAAGAUUUUAAGGAGGUCUUGGUGAGCAAGAUUGGAGUGGUUAACCCGACACAUGGAUUCUCCUCCUUUAAGUUCAUUCCAGAUACAGACGAUCAAAUCAUUGUGUCGCUGAAAUCGGAGGAAGAUAAUGGGAAAAUAGCAACUUAUAUAAUGGCUUUUACUUUAGAUGGACGCUUUCUUUUAGAGGAAACAAAAGUAGGGGAUAUAAAAUAUGAAGGGAUAGAAUUUAUAUAAGUCGUUUCACAGUCAAGUGCACAGAUCUGGAUUAAAGUACUACUGUUUCCAAGAAUUCUCAGAAGGGCAGUUUCCCAAAUUGGUAUCAUCAUUUAAAAUCAUUCUUGGUUGCCAUUAAUUGAAGUAGUGUUCUUUUGUAAUACCCUCUUCUUUGUUUACAUGUCAAAAACUGAAUACAAGGUAUUGCAAGAAUUGCACUUUCCUUCUGCUUUUUUCUUCAAACAACUAAUUUUGCUGAAAUUAUUGAACAUUUACAGGGGAUGUUACUCAUGCUUAUGAGGUGUAAAGUCUACAGUCAAUCAAGAAAUUGUGCAUGUCCUUUUUUUUAAAUUAAAUCAAUAUUGGUUCAAUUUGUGAACUUAUUGACUUCGCAGUUACUGAAUUUGCAUAGCUUAGAACUUGAAAGUUCUAAGAGGGAUAGGGAUAGGAUAUUGAAGUCAUUACCAGGAUAGAAUUUGGUCGAUAUCACUGACUUUUUAAAAGAUAUCCAAAACUUAACUGGCACAAGUGGUCUUUAAGCGGCAACUAAUUCUGCUGUAUGCAUGAGUACUUCUUCCUCGGAGUACAACUGUGGAGCUUUGUUUUGAGGAGGCAGA